AUGAUACGGGAACGUGAUAAAGGAUCGAUGGCUGGGAUAGAGAUUGUGGGCUUCUUAGCAAGUGCUUCGCAGCUUGUUGUGUACAGCAUUAAGAUCGCCACAUGCCUCUCUGAAAUAUGUCAACGAGUGCAAGACGCUCCCGAGAGAAUUAGGCAACACUCGGACCAAAUUAGGCUGCUCGUCAGCACAGCGCAGCUUGUUGAGCAACAUCGUCUUCUACAGACAACUCACGUUCACGCUCAUAUCAACGCGACCCUCGAGCAAGCAAAGACUCUAUCCGCAACACUCGAGCAAUUGACAAAAGAUUACUCUCGCGGUUCGAUUCGGAGAUACUGGAAAAUCCUGAAAGCAGCCAAGGAAAAGGAAAUCCUGGCCAACUUCGAUAGACUUGAGAAAGAGAAAAGCGCACUUCUUCUGUGUAUUUCAGUGGCCCAGACGGACCUUUUGGGGCAAGGGAUUCAUAAGCUGGAAAUGGCUGAGAAAGGGGCACACCGACAUUCUGCUAUGGCGGAAGAGGGAGAUAGGGUAAGUCUGCCCCAUUGGUUGUUCUGCCAGUACUAUGAAGGGCCAGAAAUGUCUUUGAGGAUGAUCGACUAUCGCAACGGUGAUGUCUCGCUGACCAGUCUAAAGCAAGGCAAUCAGAUCUACAGGGAUGACGAUGUAGCCAACGAAGAGCGAACUAUGCCGGCGACGUCGCUCAGACAAGGUUCCAACGGCGUGUACGUCAGCACUGAGCAGACACAAGGAGGACAAGAGCCGUUCAACGACAUGGCAGAGGAAGGGUAUCGCGGCUCCUCGAGACAACAAAUCACUUCUGGGCAAGGCCACAGAUGCUCGAGUAGCGGAGUGCAACAUAUCUAUGAAGAUGUGACAGCGAAGGAUUCUGCUCGACAGAUCAUUGGAGACACGUUGUCGGAGAAUACUGCAAAUCAUGGGCCAAAACAUCAUUAUAAGAUGGUCAGAGCGGAAGGCCAGAGCCAACAGUUGAAUGGCAAUGUGGCCAGCGUUGAAUAUUUCAAAGCCUUUUUCGCUCCGCGAUACCAGCAAGAAAUUGCGCAUGGGGGAUCUGUGUAUACACACGCGAGUUGGCAGUAG